CAUCAGGUACCCAACAUCACGUUCUUCAUUCUCAUGGCACCGUCGCUAUCUUCUCGUCCCGCGUCUCCAAGCGAUGAUGAGUCCGUGGACCUGGAAUGCGGUCUCGCGUCCAGUCAACACCCUCUCACACGCCGUCAGAUGGAGCGCGACCUCGUCCUCAUCUUUGACUCGCGGGAACUUCGCCGCCAUGAGGCCUGGUUCCUUGUGGAGACCAAGUGGCUCGACGCUUGGAUGAGCUACGUCCUGGGCGACGAUGAUGACGCAGACGCACCGAAAAGACCGGGACCUUUGAAAAACGAUACUCUCUUCGACCGCGAGGAGUUCCGUGUACGGGAUAAUCUUAUACAGACAAAGGACUAUCGGGGUGUCAACCCGCAGGUCUACGCGCUCUACGCAGAGCUUUACGGGACGGACGAUGCUAAACCUAUUGCACGCUGGACACUGGACUUAUACGCAACGCCUGUCAUGAUCGACGACGUGCGGGAAAUGUUACACGUCCCGGGACUGAAGGCGCGUUCCUUAGUGACGGAGAUGAACGAGGAGCUACAGAGUCACGAGAAGGGGCUUGAAGGACUGAAGACUCGAGAAGAAGACAAAGAGAGCUGGACGUACAGAUGUUUGUGUCGCUGUGAGUUCUUGGUCCCAUGUCUGAACCGUUUGCUGGGAGGCGGCCCAACGUACAAGAAGGAGAAAGAGACGAGCUGGGGCGACUAUUUCAGUUGCUGUAAGAGAAAGAGGAGGAGAGUGAAGAAGAGCAAUAAACGGAAGAAGAGUAAGGAAAGUAGACAAGAGGAAGAGACGAGUAGUGAGGAGACGAGCAGUGAUGAGGAGACCCACGGAUUAUUGGGAUGAUGGUCUCAAUUUCUAGGUUUUGGGUGGUUUUUAUGAAGAGAGAGAUGAAUAGAUGCUCUUAUUGUCGACGUUCUUCGUCGAGUUUCUGUAGAGGUUACUGUAGAG